AUGGCUUCCGACGCAGCUACAGAGACGCGGGCCGCCACCCGCGAGGAGAUGCGCGAUGCCCGUCUUCCGCUCGCCUACCGAGACAGCUGUGCUCACCUCCUAAUUCCGUUGAACAAGUGCCGGAAAGAGACAUGGUAUGCGCCGUGGAAGUGCUCUGACGAGAGACAUAGCUAUGAAAAAUGCCAGUACGACGAAUUCAAGAAGAGAGUGGCGAAGAUGGAUGAGUUGCGGGAAUCAAAGGGCGGCGAGCGAAGCAACUAA